AUGGAACCCGGUGACGCCUUCGAAAACGAAAUGCAGCGAGAAAAAGGAAAACCUGAAUUGAAUCAAAUGCAUCGAGAAAAAGGGAAACCUGAAUUGAAUCAAACGCAUCGAGAAAAAGGAAAACCCGAAUUGAAUCAAAAUACACACCACCAUGAAAAGUAUGAAAAGAAAGCUCCUAAAAACCCGUCUGAUGUUGCUAAACUUUCGACCAAAAAAUUGAAGGGAAUGUACGAAAAGUCUAGAUUAGAUCAGAUUUCACCAACCUAUAUCUUGAUAGUCGUAUUGGCCAUCACGAUCUUUUGGUUGAGGUAUCAAGGUUGGUUUGAAUUUUGGAGUAUCAAGAAAUUAUUUGACCCUCAUGGCACUGAUAAGAAUCAUGGAGUGAUGGAUUUCGAUGGUACGGGGGCUUUAUAG